CGUAGAAUUGAAUGGAUUCAAUGUACGGAAUUAUUGCAAUAGUGUCGCUCAUCCUGGUCGCUGGUCAAGUCCAGGCACAGGGCCAAAGUUGCGGUGGAUCAGAUAGACACCAUUGCGUCGCGCGUCAUAUGUGCAAGAACCAACUUGAUUUUCGAAUGGCAAUGUCAUACCGCAACCUAGGUUGUGUUUCCACUGCGAUUUGCUGCCCCAAAAACCGAACAAUCCAGAAGCCUGUCGUCAUCAUUAAUGAACCGAUAGCUGAUCCCCACUGCGGAUUUGUCAACUCGAAAGGUGUGACCUUCUCAUUUAGUGAGGAUGAUACGGGCUUGGCCCAGGAGGGGGAGGUACCAUGGAUGGUGGCCUUGCUGGAUGCCAGAACCCGCAGCUACGUGGCCGGUGGUGCCCUUAUCGCUCCACAUGUAGUGAUCACGGCCAGGCAAAGGACAGAAAACAUGAACGCAAACCAGCUUGUUGUGCGGGCUGGCGAAUGGGACUUUAAGACCGCUACCGAGCAGUUUCCACAUGUGGACGUUCCUAUUCGGUCGAUUGUCCGUCAUCCUGGCUUCAGUUUAGAGACUGGGGGCAAUAAUGUGGCCCUUGUGUUUCUCCGCAGAUCGCUCACAAGCUCCCGCCACAUAAAUUCAAUAUGUAUGCCGUCGGCUCCAAAGAAUUAUGAUUUCACCCGGUGCAUAUUUACGGGCUGGGGAAAGAAUUCGUUCGAUGAUUCCUCCUACAUGAAUGUCAUGAAAAAGGUAUCAUUGCCGGUGGUCCCAAGUCGUACCUGUGAGCAGCAACUUCGCCCCUAUUACGGAAACGAUUUCAAACUGGACAACAGCUUGAUGUGCGCAGGCGGUGAGCCUGGAAAAGAUUCGUGCGCGGGUGACGGUGGAUCCCCGCUAGCCUGCCCAAUGAAAGACAAUCCGAAUCGCUACGAACUGGCAGGCAUUGUGAACUUCGGCGUUAGCUGCGGAUUGCCUGGCGUCCCAGCUGUUUAUACAAGUGUGGCUAACGUAAUCGGAUGGAUUGUAAUGGAAACUAACGAAGGGCCGAUACCUGAAGAGCGGGAGGGGGUUCCUUACGCAAGUCCAGCACUUUCUGCAGGCCCGCAUCUUCAACAGUGGAAUCAACCGAACUAUGGAGGGCAUCCGACAAGCUAUCCAAAUGUUGAUUCCAUGCCAUGGCAGGUCCUAGAAGCUGAUAGUGAUCUUGCCAGUAGUCCGUACGUUAGUUAUCACCCUGUUGAAGACAGCGGGAUCAACAUUUCCUCUGCUGAUCAUGGAAAUGAACAACAAAUUAUUAAACCCAUUCAGGAAGACAAGCCGAACGAGCCAGAUGAUUUUUUUAAUAGCGUAUUUUCAACCACAAUGGAAUACAAUUUCGAUUAAAUUUAUAUACUGAAAAUGUAUAA